GAGAGAUGCUCAUGGUGAUGAUACGUGGGGAAUGAACACAGAGGACGUGUACAUCAGGAAGGAGACCACAGAGCUCUGGAGAUAAGGAUGUUGCAGUUCAAUGAUUGUUCCAACGUGAAAAAACAUUGAGAAAAUACGUAGAUAAAACAUUUUCGUCCAGUUUCCCAAUGUUCCUGAACACAACCGAGGGUCUCUUCCCCACUGAGGGCCCAGACUCAAAGCUGGACUGGACCGAGUUGGACCCCUAUAACUGCACCAACUACACAGCAGCCUGGGACUGGCUUUCCUCCUACCAGCCGGUCUUCAUGGUUCUCCUCAGCGUGGUGGGCGUAGUGGCCAACGGUCUGGUCCUCUGUGUCUUCUGUUUGCAGAGGAAGCCAUGCACCGUGGCUGAUGUCUACCUGGGCAACUUGGCGGCUGCAGACCUGGUCAUGGUGUCCUGUUUACCCUUCUGGGCCGCCACCAUUGCUAACAACUACCACUGGGAGUUCGGCGAGCCCAUAUGCAAGCUGGUCAAUGUGGCCAUCUCCAUGAACUAUUACUGUAGUGUUUUCUUCCUGGUGCUGGUUAGCGUCGAUCGCUACCUGGCUCUGGUCCGGCCCAUGUUCCAAAGCCGACUGCGGAGAGCCGCCUGGGCCAAACGCAUCUGCCUGGGGAUAUGGAUCGUAGGGUUCCUGCUGAGUCUGCCCAUCCUGGUCUUCCGCAGGGUGAAAUACGUGGCCAAGGCUGGGGUGAUGGCCUGCGUCCUGGCCUACCCCCAUCCGGACUGGGAGAUCCAGCGCAACAUUACCAAUAACGUGGUUGGGUUCCUACUUCCGGUGAUAGUGGUGUCUUACUGCAGCCGCCACAUCGUGACCAGUCUGAAAGACGGUCAGAUCAGAAAAACUCCCGGGGUGAAGUCAGAGAGGAAGGCCACACAACUGGUCCUGACUGUCCUCACGGUCUUCCUCAUCUGCUGGACGCCCUACCAGGUAGUGCGCUUCCUGGACACACUGGAUUACUUCCAAGUCACGCCAGGAUGCCUCUGGGGUCACAUUCUGGACAUUACCAUACAGCUGUCCACCUACCUGGCAUACGCCCACAGCACCAUCAACCCCUUCCUGUACGUCAUUGUGGGGAGACAAUUCAGGAAGAGGGCAAAAGAAGUGUUCGGGACAAUGUUAAAGUGA